AGUGCUUGGGCUCACACUGCCUCCUCUCGGGCAGCUCCACGCGUAUCGGCCACGCUCACGCACACACCUAGGCGCGCACCCGCCAGCUGUACUCGCACGCGCAUACUGCCUUGGUGCUCGCCCCCCGGGCCGGCUCCGGCCUCGAGCCGCUGCUCCCAGUCGCCGCCACCACGGAUGCCAGCAGCUGCUCUCAUCUGCAGUGCAGCAGCCCCGGCCGCCGGCCGGCCCGCCCCGGGCUGGAGGAACCGCACCAGGACGCUGGCCCCGCUCGUGGCUAGCCUGCACGCCAGGGCUCAGCGAGGAUGGGAGGGUCGCAGUCCCUGCAGCCAGCCCCAGCCAGUGACCUGAACCUGGAGGUUUCUGAGGCCAUGAGUUCCGACUCUGAGGAAGCCUUUGAGACCCCCGAGUCAACAACCCCUGUCAAAGCUCCACCAGCCCCUCCGCCUCCACCCCCUGAAGUCACCCCAGAGCCUGAGGUCAUCGAUCCACCAGCCCCAGAAGAACCAGGAUGUAUUUCUGAGCCUGUUGUGGUUCCUGAUGGCCCUCGAAGCGAGUCUGUGGAAGGAAGCCCUUUCCGUCCUUCACACUCCUCCUCGGCGGUGUUCGAUGAAGACAAGCCGAUAGCCAGCAGCGGGACUUACAACUUAGACUUUGACAGCAUCGAGCUAGUGGAUAACUUUCAGAGCUUGGAGCCAUGCUCUGCAGACUAUAAGGGUCAGGAGUGUAAAGUGAGCACACGGAGGAAAUCCACCGAGUCCGUGCCACCCUCCAAGUCCACGCUGUCCCGCUCGCUCAGCCUGCAAGCCAGCGACUUUGACGGUGCUUCUUGCCCCGGCAGCCCUGAAGCUGGGACCCUUGCUACAGAUGCAUGUGGCACAGGAUCCAACAGUGCUUCCAGCACCCUUAAGCGAACUAAAAAAACACGGCCACCUUCAUUAAAAAAGAAACAAGCCACCAAGAAACCCACAGAAACCCCCCCAGUGAAGGAGACCCAACAGGAGCCAGAUGAAGAGAGUCCAGUUCCCAGUGAGGAACACUUAGCACCAGAGACAAAGACGGAGUCAGCCACACCUGAGGGCACUGGUUGCACAUUGUCAGAAGAGAGUCCGCUGGAGUCCACUGCAGUGCCCACAGCCACCUGUCCUCUGACUUUGGAGAGUACAGAAGACGUUAGCCCUCCAGUUUCUGGAGGUGGCAGAGUGCAGAACUCACCCCCUGUGGGGAGAAAAUCAGUGCCUCUUACCACAGCCUCUGAGGCAGUGGAGGUGACCCUGUCGGAUAGUGGGGGGCAAGAGGACUUGCCUGCCAAAGGGCUGUCGGUGAGGCUGGAAUUUGACUAUUCUGAGGACAAGGGAAGUUGGGAGAGUCAGCAGGAAAACGCCCCUCCCACCAAAAAGAUAGGCAAGAAGCCAGUUGCCAAAAUGCCCCUAAGGAGGCCAAAGAUGAAAAAGACCCCCGAGAAACUUGACAACACUCCUGCCUCACCGCCAAGGUCCCCUACUGAACCCAGUGACACUCCGAUUGCUAAAGGUACCUACACCUUUGAUAUAGACAAGUGGGAUGACCCCAAUUUUAAUCCAUUUUCCUCCACCUCAAAAAUGCAAGAGUCUCCCAAACUGUCCCAACAAUCAUACAACUUUGACCCUGACGCCUGUGAAGAGUCCCUUGACCCCUUUAAGGCAUCCUCUAAGACCCCAAGCUCACCUUCUAAGUCCCCAGCCUCUUUCGAGAUCCCAGCCAGCACCAUUGAAGCAGACGGGGAUGGGUUGAAUAAACCUGCCAAGAAGAAGAAGACUCCCCUGAAGACUGACACAUUUAGGGUGAAGAAGUCUCCAAAGCGGUCUCCUCUGUCUGAUCCGCCUUCUCAGGACCCCACUCCAGCUGCCACUCCUGAAGCACCCCCAGCGAUCUCUACAGUGGUCCAUGCCACAGAUGAGGAAAAGCUGGCUGUCACUAGCCAGAAGUGGACGUGUAUGACAGUGGACUUGGAUGCUGACAAACAGGACUUCCCUCAGCCCUCGGACCUGUCUAACUUUGUAAAUGAGACCAAAUUCAAUUCACCCUCAGAGGAGCUGGACUACAGAAACUCCUAUGAAAUUGAAUACAUGGAAAAGCUUGGCUCCUCCUUACCUCAGGAUGAUGAUGCUCCGAAGAAGCAGGCCUUGUACCUUAUGUUUGACACCCCUCAGGAGAGCCCCGUCAAGUCUCCUCCAGUCCGGAUGUCGGAUUCUCCAACUCCAUGUUCAGGGUCGAGUUUUGAGGACACCGAAGCCCUCGUGAAUGCAGCAACAAAGCUCCAGCAUCCUGUCACAAGAGGUCUGGCCUCCAAUCAGGAGCCUCUCUUGCAGGUGCCAGAGAAAUCCUCCCAGAAGGAGCUGGAGGCCAUGGCCUUGGGCACCCCUGCAGAAGCAAUUGAAAUCACAGCUCCAGAGGGUGCCUUUGCCUCUGCAGAUGCCCUCCUCAGCAGGCUGGCCCAUCCUGCCUCUCUCUGUGGUGCACUUGGCUAUCUGGAGCCUGACUUAGCAGAAAAGAACCCCCCAGUAUUUGCCCAGAAACUUCAGAGGGAGGCUGCUCACCCACCAGAUGUCUCCAUCUCCAAAACUGCCUUGUACUCCUGCAUCGGGCCCACCGAGGUAGAGAAACCCCCGGGCCUUCUGUUCCAGCAGCCAGACCUGGACUCUGCACUCCAAGUUGCCAGAGCAGAGGUCAUCGCCAAGGAAAGAGAAGUCUCAGAGUGGAGGGAUAAAUAUGAAGAAAGCCGGCGGGAAGUGGUGGAAAUGAGGAAAAUUGUGGCUGAAUAUGAGAAGACCAUCGCACAGAUGAUCGGCAAGCCUGAGGACGAACAGAGAGAGAAAUCCAUCUCCCACCAGACUGUGCAGCAGCUGGUCCUGGAGAAGGAGCAAGCCCUGGCUGACCUGAACUCUGUGGAAAAGUCUCUGGCUGACCUCUUCAGGAGAUACGAGAAGAUGAAAGAGGUCCUGGAAGGUUUUCGAAAGAAUGAAGAGGUGCUGAAGAAAUGUGCGCAGGAGUACCUAUCCCGAGUGAAGAAAGAGGAACAGAGGUACCAGGCCCUGAAGGUGCACGCAGAAGAGAAACUGGACAGAGCCAAUGCUGAGAUUGCACAAGUUCGAGGCAAGGCCCAGCAGGAACAAGCAGCCUACCAGGCUAGCCUGAGGAAGGAGCAGCUUCGAGUGGAUGCUCUAGAAAGAACGCUGGAGCAGAAGAAUAAAGAGAUAGAAGAACUCACCAAGAUUUGUGACGAACUGAUUGCCAAGAUGGGGAAAAGCUAACUCUGGACCAAGCGCUUGGCCUUGGCCGUUGCGUGCAAUACGACUGUCCGUCGGCACACUGUUCAUCCUUCCGACUCUGUGGACAGGUUCUCCUUUCACUUCCGUAUGCACUACUGGGUCCUCUUUCUAAAUAAGGUUGGUUUGACCGUAUGCAGUGCCGAGACCUACCAGGAUUCCUUGCUAUCCGUUUGCAUUUUCUAGUAUAAUUCAUAGCAAGUUGACCUCGGAGUUCCUGUAUCAGGGAGACUGUCAGAUUCUCUAAUAGAAUACACAUUGCUGACCUUGGCCUUGCCCUUUGGCGAGCAGCAUCUGAUGUGCCGUGAACACGUGCAGCCUGCAUCGGGACUCUUGCCUUAAGGAGUGUACAAUUGAUCCACAUUUGCUGGUUUGAUUUUUUAAAAACAGGAAUGCAUGUUUCAAAUAAAGUUCUCUAUUGUAAAUAAAUUUUUUUCUUUGGGUCUUGGCAGCAA